CAUAUUAAAAUCAUUUAAGAAACCAAAUUCUUCAAAAAUAACAACAUUCAAAAAAUAGGCAUGGUUGUACAACAUUUAACACUCGUCAAGCAGAAAAAUAUGAAGACAAAUACUAAAAACUAAAACAAAACUACAAAAAUAAGAAAAAUAAUAAAAUUGGAGGAAACAAAAGUACUCUUUACUCACUUGUAACUGCAUUUUUACAAGAAGUAAAAUCUAAAAAUAGAAAAAAUAAAGAAGAAAAUAUUAUUACAAAAAUAUACUUCAAUGGUUGUAAACAGUCAAUGACCCUUGGAAGACAGAACAAUAAAAGAGAAGAAAAAAUAAAAAAGUAACAACGGAAAGCAUUUACUUAGCAAAACUUUGGCAAAGCAACAAAAAAAAAAAGCAAAAAUGCUAAAAAAGACGAUAAUAAAAAUUGUUGCAGAAAAUCUCAUAUUAUAGUAAAAGAAAGCACUUAAACAAAAACUACGAAAGCAAAAUGUUUAAUAAUAUUAAAAAGUUUAUGCCAACAAAUUAUAAUAACAAUAAUAAUUCAAUACUUUUUAAAUAAAAAAAAGACACUGAAAAAAAAUUAUAUUUAAUAACAAAAUAAACUAAUUAAAAUUUUAAUAUAAAGCCUUGGUUAAUUAUUAAAUCAAUCAGCGAAAAAUUGCGAAUGCAAGUGUUAUAAUAUUAAUUAUGUAUAAACAAACUAAAAUUAAGUUUUAAUAAUUAAAAACAAGAUUAAAACAAAUAUAAAUUAUUUCUUUAUAAUUAUAAAACAGCAAAAUAAUUCACACAACUUAAACUUUCAAACGGAAUUAAUAAAUAAUCUAUAAUAAAAUCAAACCAGUUAAAGAAGUUGUUCGCCUGUGUGUUUUUAAUUGGGAGUAUUGGUGUGUUUGGUUGCUAUACGAAACGCAACAACCCCACCAUUACCCAAUAAUCAUCUCUUCAUUGCCAUCACAAUCAUCGCCAUAUCUUUCUGUCUGUCGUUUUUCUGUAUUCCACAGCAACCUUCAUCAUUGUAGUCGUCAUUAAAUACAAGACACAUUUAAAUUUUAAUGCACUUGGUUGUGGCAAUAAUGAAUUUCCUACAAACCCCAAAAGCAACAACUGCUGCUGCUGUCACUUGCUGGCUGGCUUACGGACUCUUUGGAUUAUUAAUAACGCUGCCAGUUUCAACAGCAGGACCUCAUGAAAAACGUUUACUACAUGCUCUUUUAGAUAAUUACAACAGUUUAGAGCGACCCGUUGUUAAUGAAUCCGAUCCACUGCAAUUAAGUUUCGGUCUAACUUUAAUGCAGAUAAUUGAUGUGGAUGAAAAGAAUCAAUUGCUUAUAACAAAUAUUUGGUUGAAAUUGGAAUGGAAUGACAUGAACUUGAGAUGGAAUGCUAGCGAUUAUGGUGGUGUUAGAGAUCUACGAAUACCACCUCAUCGUCUAUGGAAACCAGAUGUUUUGAUGUACAACAGUGCGGAUGAGGGUUUUGAUGGAACGUAUGCCACUAAUGUUGUAGUUCGUAAUAAUGGUUCUUGCCUGUAUGUGCCGCCCGGUAUUUUUAAAUCAACGUGUAAAAUCGACAUUACUUGGUUUCCUUUCGACGAUCAGAGAUGUGAAAUGAAAUUUGGCUCUUGGACCUAUGAUGGUUUUCAGCUGGAUUUACAAUUGCAAGAUGAGGCUGGUGGUGAUAUUUCAAGUUUUAUUACCAAUGGUGAAUGGGAUCUGUUGGGUGUACCUGGUAAACGAAAUGAAAUCUACUAUAAUUGCUGCCCAGAACCUUAUAUUGACAUAACAUUCGCCAUUUUGAUACGACGUAAAACUUUGUAUUAUUUUUUCAAUUUAAUUGUGCCCUGUGUACUGAUUGCCUCAAUGGCACUGCUAGGUUUUACACUGCCACCAGAUUCUGGUGAAAAACUAUCGCUGGGAGUAACAAUUUUACUAUCACUUACUGUGUUCCUUAAUAUGGUGGCCGAAACUAUGCCGGCUACAUCAGAUGCUGUGCCACUAUUGGGAACUUAUUUCAAUUGCAUUAUGUUUAUGGUGGCUUCAUCAGUUGUGUCAACCAUACUUAUCCUCAAUUAUCAUCAUAGAAAUCCAGAUACGCAUGAAAUGAGUGAAUGGAUAAGAGUAAUAUUCCUUUAUUGGUUACCUUGCAUAUUGCGCAUGCAAAGACCUGGACAGGUUGGCUAUGAAUGCCCACCGCCUCCCUCAUCAUCGACAUCCUCGAAUAAUGGCGACAAAAAGCAACACAUACAAAAUGUUGAAUUAAAGGAAAGAUCUUCCAAGUCUUUGCUGGCCAAUGUUUUGGAUAUUGAUGACGAUUUCCGUUGUAAUCAUCGCUGUGCAAGUGCUACAUUACCGCAUCAACCCACAUAUUAUCGAACCAUGUAUAGACAAGGAGACGAUGGUAGUGUUGGCCCUGUUGGUCCUGUUGGUGAUACUAGAAUGCAUGAAGCCAUAUCACACACCUGUCUAAGUUCAUCAGCUGAAUAUGAAUUGGCUUUAAUAUUGAAAGAGUUAAGAUGGAUAACGGAUCAGUUAAAAAAAGAAGAUGAAGUUGGUGAGGUAACAAGAGAUUGGAAAUUUGCUGCCAUGGUAGUGGAUCGUUUGUGCCUUAUUGUUUUUACGUUAUUUACCAUAAUUGCCACAUUGGCUGUAUUAUUUUCAGCGCCUCAUUUUAUUUUCCCAUAACUUUAUGGACAUUGGUUUAUAUUCUAUUAUGCGAAUAUGUUACGAGAUCUUUUGCUAAAAUAUUUAAACAAAUUAAAUAAUAGACGUAGUAGUACAACAAAAACAACAACAACAAUAUAUCCGCUUGAUAUCAACAAGUUUUAUACUAAGUUUUGCCAUUGGAAUUUUUACAAAGAAACCAAAAGAAAAACAAAUCAUUUUUAUUUUAAGCACAUGUGCCUGGUCAACGAAAACAAAAUUAUAAAUUAUAUUAAUUAAAACAACAACAACAAGAACAACAACAAAAUGAAGAACAACAAUGCAAUAAUUAAACGUUAAAAAAAUAAUUAAUUACAAUUUAAUUAAGCUUAGGUUAGCAAAAACAUACCGAAAACAACAAGAAAAAUACAAGCAAAUAUAUAAAUAUAAAAAAAUGCAAAUUAAGAAAAAAAAACGCGUAAAACUUUUUAAUUUUAAAAGCAGCUUCCAAAAAGAAAUAAUAAUAAAGCUUCAAAUCAUAUCCGAAUAAAGAGAAAAACCUAAAAUGCAAAAUUUUAAAUUUAGUUUAGCGAAGACACAAACCGGAAAUUUGUAAACAUAAACACAUUAAACUAAGAAACAAUUACAAAAAUUAAAAAAAGCUAUAAGCUAACAGUUUUCAUAAAAAUUAUAAUUAAAAAGCUUUAAGCUUGUUUAAAUAAAACUAGUUCUUCCCCAAAAAAGACAGAUCGUUGGAAUAGCUUUAAUAAAAAGCUCAUAUUUUUAGUAGAUUUUUUUCUUUAAAAGCGGAAACAAAUUUUAAACAUUUCGACUAUUAAAAGUUACACUUGUUAACGGUUAUUUCCUGAAAAAUUUCCCUCAUAAAAUCUUACCAAUAUUCUCAUUUCUAAACCUUCUCUCUUCUUAUUAUUUUACUCAAUUUUUUUUUUAAAUUAUAUAUUAUUUUAAUUUUUAAACACAUUUUUAUUUUAGUUUUUAUUUUGUGUGUCUAACCAUCUUGAAAUUUCUGAAUCUCUUACUACUACAUCUCGUUAAGUCUAUGCUUAUGUUUAGCACAGACAUUAAGCUCAGAAACUGAAGUAGUUUUUUCUUUUUUUCAGAAAAGAAAAAACUAUUUCAGACUUUGAGUAAUUUUUGUAUUUAACUACAUACAUAAAAACAUAUUAAGUAAAAAAAUUUACUAAAAACAAUUGAAAAAUAAAUAUUGAAAAUAUAUUUUUAUAAAAUAAAAAUUCUUUACCAUAGGUUACGAAUUUCCAACACUGAAAUCUUAACCAUCUCCUUAAAAAUUAUAUAUUUAUAAAUCAUUAAAACUUAAUGAUUUUAUGAAAUUGAAAACAAAAACUACAUUAUAUUGAAAUAAAAUUAAAACGAAAUAUGGAGACAGGUAGAUGUGUAAGUGAUUAAACAAAAAAAAAAUUACAUGAUUAUAUAAAACCUUUAAUUAUAUAUGGAAGUUCUUCUUUUAAAAUGAGGAAUAAUUUAUCUAUGGAUUUAUCAGUAAUAGAUUGAAGUGAUGUAUAUAGAAAAUACCUUGUGAUAUCUAAGGUAAAAAAGCGAUCGAUCAUUUCAUUCUUUAAAUCUAUCUAAUCUAAGUAUUUAUUAUAAUUCCCCUUAUCUGCCAAUUUGUGUUAUGCCCUGAAUCUAUGAAGCUUAAUCUCUUAGAUAUAAGGUUUCUUAAAAAAUCUUGAACAUACUGUUUGUAUUUGCAUUGAAUUUUAGUUUAUUAUGUUCAAGGUUUACUCUUUUCACAUCAAAUUUACUAUUAUAUGUACUCUUUGAGUAAGAACAAGUCCUAGGCUUAUUUGAUGAAUUCGUAUUUCGAUCUAACGAUUACGUUACGGACCGGCAGAUCUUUAUACAAAAAGUUUCCACCUGCGUGUGAGAUACACAAAGCGGCAGGUUGUGAGUUGUGUAAUAAACUCACCGUGUGAUUGCACCUCUGUGAAAAAAGCCAACACGGCAGGUGUUUAAAAAAAGAGCUUUGACUUCUUGUCUUCCCCCCGGGGGCUUGUUAUCUUGGUGAAACCUCCAUCUUGGUGUUACUGCAAUUCCAGGGUACUCGGUUACAGUCUACUGCCUAGCUUAGUCCUUACAUAGAUUGAAAAGAGGUCGAACCCGAGCACCACAUAAUCUGUUACUACGGGUGUCCUGGCUGGUCAAUUAGUUGAGGUUCCUAUGGGAUCCACGAAGAGGCUGUUGUUUAAACCCAAAUUUGCGGGGAGAGAAUGUUGGUUUAGGGACUGAUAUAUCCUAUACCUAAUGGGUUGGAUUAUUCUCUCUACGAACAGGUAUGUGUACAAAGCAGCAUAUGCUGGAUACCUGUACCUGAUCGGUUUUGGGACGUCGGUCGCGUUAUGGGACACCGGCAUGUGCUGGGGAAUUAUCAGGGGUAUUCAGUGGUUGCCUGUCAUUCCGUAGAUUAAUAUUUAUGAUCAUGAGAAUGGAACUGAUGCGAUGGAUUUGUGAACGAUUGAGAAAGUAUCCAUAUAUUGGAGAUUAGUACUGAUUUAGUAUGCCUUUUUUGUUUCGAGAAAGUUCCUCGGUGCUGUUAACAUCUCAACGACAAUUUGUCUCGGCAAUUAUUGAAAUUGUUGACUUUGGAAUUCAUAUUUCCUUUGUCACAUUAUCGGUUCAUAAAAGAGGGAUCCUGAUCCAUUCUUUUGGGUAUUUCGGACUACAAAAUAUGUCUCUAGGUGUUGUUACCAAAUCAACAGAGGCCAUCCCAUCUUUAUGAUCAUGAGAUCAUAAAGAUUCUCAUGAUCAUAAAGAUGGAUUGGUUAACGAAUGAGAAAGUAUACAUAUAUUGGAGAUUAGUAAUGAUUUAGUAUGCCUUUUUCGCUUCGGUGAAGUUCCUCGGUACUGUUGCCAUCUCAAUAUAUUGACACAUGCUACACGACUAUUUGUCUUGGCAAUUAUUGAAAUUAUUGACUUUGGAAUUCCUAUUUCCUUUGUCACAUUAUCGAUUCAUGAAAGAGGGAUCCUGAUCCAUUUUUUUGGGUAUUUCGGACUACAAAAUAUCUCUCUAGGUGUUGUUACCAAAUCAACAUCUGCGUAAUUGUCGUCACAUCUGCGUAAUUGUAAACGGAAGUGAUGUUUACAUCUCGGAAGUUAAGCAACGGGGCAGCAAUGGUCAAUCUAUGUACAAAAAUUGCCACCUUAGUUCUUCAUUGUAGGAUUCAGUGGCGAUGGUGGGCCGUUGUCAAGUCUACCCAGUGAAUGAAAAAGAUCACCGUGAAAUAAGGCCUUCAAAGCAGGUGUUCACGUAAAGCACUCCGACAUUCGUGACUUCUUGUCGCUAUCAUUAACAAGCAUUUACUGUACUAUUUUACAUUCCACCAAUGGCAACUCUAUAAAUAUGGAAUUUGAACAGAUUAAAUGGUGCUAUUAAAACUAGGUGCCUCUACUAUUGUGAAGGUUUCUGGAAUAAUUCGUUGAUUCUCGAUUUUAAAGAUAAUUCACCUUUGCCUUAAAGUCUUAAACAGCAUUUUAAAUGUUAUCCAAUAUAUUGUCAAUAACUUCGUACUCCUCCAGAAGCAUUUUUCCAAUUAUCCAUUGUUGACGUUUAGAGUUUCAGGAACGUCAAGUUUCAUCUUAACCUGUGACUCUAGAUAGUUCCUCAGCAAUAAGUUUCUGGUUGUUCAAGUUUCCUGAACAUCAAAUUAAACCUUCUGUUUAGACUCUAGAAAAUUCCUCAGCAAGAAGUUUCUCCUUGUUUAGAAUACCCCUUUUUUAAUGCCUACUAUUACUCUACUGUCAAUAACUUCAGGCAUCUCUUAAGCUUUUCUUUUGUGACUGCAAAUAGUUUCUUGUAGUUCGUUCACUGCAUACAAUAUGUUAAAGUCCAUUCUGUUUGUUGUUAUUCUUGGCCUGGUUAACUUUGGAAUAAAAUUCAGAUAUGAUGAACUUUAUCGGACAAUAUCGUAUAACUUUAGACUUUGGCUCUCGGGUUUAGCGGCCUGGUGUUUAGCUUUGGAAUAAAAUUCAGAUAUGAUGAUCAUUAAUAGUCAAUAUCUUUUUAAUUGGACUCUGGUUUUCAAACCAAUUCAUUUUACAUAUUCGAAUACUUACGCCUGAGCGCUAGUGCUUUAGAUAUCGAUGUACAAGUUAUUUAAAUAGAUCUCUAGUUCCGUUUUGUUUCUAAGUUUAGAACCAUUUGUAUAGCAACAGAUUUCUACUGAUCGCUGAUCUUUUUCACUUGACUGUGUUUUUUUAUCUACGAUCUUCUUCCUCUAUGCGAUAAUCGAACAAUACGAUGAUUAUACAUUGAUAUAAUUGCGUUUGACCGAAUUGCUUCUUAUAAGCAAUUGUUGAAGGAUCUCAUCAGAUUUGUCCGAUGCCUGUUUUUGAUCCUUCUUUUCAAGACGUUCAGUAUACGUUAAUAAAAAGCUCUAUAACUAUCUGGGAUCCAGCUGUCUUUUAUAUGUUGUGGAUGGAUGAAAACCCAAAUGCGCACCAGAAUUUUUAGACAUUAAAACUUGUCUAAAGACGAUGUUAUAUAGACACAGUGUCUCAAGGAACCGGAUGAUAUACGUCUGAUUCUACAAAUUUAAUGGAAGAAAUUUGCUUCUUUAAUUUUUCGUUUCGUGAUCCUGUGUCCUUCCAAAAGGAUUUAAAAAUUUUAAAAAGUAUAUUUUUUAAAAAAUAGUUUAAAAUACUUUUACUAAUUAAACAAUGUUAAAUAUAUUGUCAAGCCAAC